AUGUUGGCUGUUCAUCUUGUUUCCUUCUUCUUCUCCAAACUCCAGGAGGAUCCCACAAAGAAGGUAAGAGCUUGUUCUAAUAAGGCACCUGUCAAAAUGCUGCCAACACAUGUCUGCUCCACUCCCGACGGAUCAGAGAAAGGUCAGUUUCUGGCCCUGGAUCUUGGCGGCUCCAAGUUUAAGGUGCUCCAAGUUAAAGUUAGAGAGGGUGUUGGGAUUAGGAAAGGAGAAGUGGAGAUGGAGGAGAAGAUCUAUCCGAUACCAAAGGAGCUGCAUGCUGGGAGAGCAGCAGAGUUAUUUGACCAUGUGGCAGAGUCUCUAAAGGACUUUCUACAUGAAAAGAAGAUCGGACUGGAGAAAAAACAUCCCCUAGCCUUUACCUUCUCUUUCCCCUGCGAACAAACCAGUUUGGAUCAGGGCAAGUUGUUAGGCUGGUGCAAGAACUACAGAGCCCGGGGCCUUCAGGGAAAGGAUGUGGUCCAGGCCCUUAGAGAAGCUAUUGACAGGACUGAGGAUAUGAAUGUAGAGGUAUUAGCUAUGGUUAAUGACACUGUGGCGACCAUGAUGACCUGUGGAUUUGAUGACCAGUACUGUGAAGUGGGACUCAUCGUUGGCACUGGCACUAACGCCUGUUACAUGGAGGAGCUGCGUCAUAUCGACCUGGUGGAGGGAGAUGAGGGCAGGAUGUGUGUGAACACUGAGUGGGGGGCCUUUGGAGAUGAUGGGGCCCUGAAUGAUUUCAUAACGGAGUUUGACAGAGAUGUCGAUGCAGCCUCCAGCAACCCUGGGAAACAAAUGUUGGGGAAACAUCUUUGUCUUCUCUCAUGUAAACAUGAUGCUGUACAGAAUAUAGGACACGUCUCAGAUUUUCUGUGUCUUUACUCUUCACACUUAUUUAACUGCAGAUUUGAGAAAAUGGUCAGUGGCAUGUAUCUGGGUGAGUUGGUGAGGUUGGUUGUACUAAAGAUGGCUAAACUGGGACUGCUGUUUGAUGGACGUGUGUCAGAUGCCCUGAGGACCAAAGGGAAGAUAACCACUGCAGAUGUAGCAGCAAUGGAGGAGUACAGAAAUGGUCUGAAUAACACCAGGAACAUUCUAAAUCAGCUUGAUUUGACCCCAUCACCUGAUGACUGCAUCGCUGUUCAACAUGUCAGCACCAUUGUAUCAUUCAGGUCCUCAAAUCUGGUGGCUGCGGGACUGGCAGCCAUCUUAACACGAAUCAGACUAAACCGAAAUUUGGGAGGACUGAGAAUCACCAUUGGUGUGGAUGGUACGGUGUACAAGACCCACCCACAGUAUCCUAAACGUCUUCAUAAAGUGGUGCGACGGUUGCUUCCUGAGUGCCAGGUUAGAUUUGUCCUUUCUGACAGCGGCAGCAGCAAAGGUGCUGCCUUGGUUGCAGCAGUCGCCCAGCGCCUUGCAUUACUCAGACGAAAGGUGGUAGAGACACUGGCUCUCUUCAGAAUAAACCAAGAGCAGCUCCUGCUGGUCAAAGCCAGGAUGAGAGCACGGCUGGAGGCAGGACUGAAGAGUAAAAGUACCUCCACAAUCAAAAUGUUACCUUCUUUUGUGUACCUCACACCUGAUGGCACAGAACGUGGGAAAUACCUUGCCUUUGAUCUUGGAGGAACUAACUUCAGAGCUUUGCUUGUGAGAUUUAAAAAACAGAGAUGCCGACUUUACCACAAAAUUUACACCAUCCCACUGGAGAUUAUGCAGGGAACUGGAGAGGAGUUGUUCGACCAUUUAGCACAAUGCGUUUGUGAUUUCCUGGACUACAUGGGAUUGAAGAAAGCUCGUCUUCCUGCAGGUUUCACCUUCUCGUUCCCCUGUGAGCAGUCUGCCAUUGAUACGGGCACACUGGUGAGCUGGACCAAAGGCUUCAAGGCAACAGACUGUGAAGGACACGAUGUUGUCAACAUGCUUCGAGAUGCCAUCAAGAGACGCAACGAGUUUGACUUGGACAUUGUUGCCCUAAUCAACGAUGCAGUUGGGACCAUGAUGAGCUGCGCCUAUGAAGACCCUCUGUGUGAAAUUGGAAUGAUUGCUGGAACAGGCACAAAUCUUUGCUACAUGGAGGAACUGAAGAAUAUUGAGAAGAUUGAACAAGGAGGUGUCCCAACAAAGAGAGAGGAAAAGACGCACGAAGCAGAUGAGGAAAAACAGAAAGCUGGGGACGACGAAAAGAAAAAAGCAAAUUCUGAGAUGUCUAAAAUGUGUAUAAACACAGAGUGGGGGGGUUUGGGUGAUGAUGGCUGUCUGGACGAUAUCAUCACGUCUUAUGACACCGAGGUGGACAAAAACUCCAUCAACCAAGGAAAACAAAGGUUUGAAAAGCUCACCAGUGGGAUGUAUUUGGGAGAAAUUGUGCGACGGGUAUUAUUGGAUCUAACCAGAAGGGGUCUACUGUUUAAGGGACAUGUGACAGAAACCUUGAAGACACCAGGAAUAUUUGAAACCAAAUAUCUGUCACAAAUAGAGAGUGAUCGCUUGGCUCUGCUGCAGGUCAGAUCCAUUCUGCAGCAGCUCGGCCUCCACAGCACCUGUCAUGACAGCAUCAUCGUCAAAACGGUGUGUGGGGCAGUGUCACGUCGGGCUGCGCAGCUGUGCGGAGCAGGACUGGCAGCUGUUGUCGAUAAGAUCAGAGAAAACCAAAAUCUGGACCACCUGAGCAUCACUGUGGGGGUAGACGGGGCUCUCUAUAAACUUCACCCACAUUUUUCUGAAGUCUUAAAAAAGACGGUGAAAGAGCUGGCUCCUCAGUGUGACGUGACCUUCCUGCCAUCAGAGGAAGGAAGUGGGAAAGGUGCCGCUCUCAUUGCAGCUGUGGCCCGACGAACGCAGGAGAUGUGA